UCUCGCCGUAGGAGUAAACGCUGAAUCAGGCAUUUGCUUACCUAUCCAAGGAUAAAUAGAAAGAAAACGUGAGGAGCUUCCCUCUCCGUUUUCUCACAUAACAUCAACAGAAGACAUCUUCCACACAUCAACAUUCUGUGGGCAAUCAAAGCUGAGAGAUUCGAAACGAAACGUUCCACGAGGUAUGUUUACCUUUUCUUUGACGAGACGCUCUAUUGAUAAUAGGUAGCAAAGCCGCCCUGAAUAAGGAGAAAACCCAUCGGCGUAGCAACUAUCAUAUCAGUGAACGUCCACAACUACACACUUGGAAGCUAACAACAAACUCGAUUCCGAGAGUGUCAACCUCAACAACUUCCCACUUGGAAGCUAUAUCAACUUGCUUCUUCGAGUGUGAACAUCAACGCUCCACACUUGGAAGCCAGCUUGCUUUCGAGGGUGUGGACGACCACAACUGCACACCUCGAAGCUACAACAACUUGCUUCUGAGGUUGUAAAAGUCUGUGACUACACACUUCGAAGCUACACUUGCUUCUGACAGUGUGAACAUCAACGUCUGCACACUUGGAAGCUUCGCCAACUUGCUUCUGAGGUUGUGAUCGUCUGCAGCUUCAGACUUCGAAGCUCCGACAGCUUGCUUCUAAGAUUGGAUAAGGUCUUUCUUCCUAUAAUACACCAGGACUCACGUCAAUAUCCCACAUCCCUUAAAGACGAGCAAGGUUCGCCUUUCCAUACAGCAAGAAUAACAACACUUGCUCACCUCAUUUUUGCAAGAUGGCAGGAAAGAAACGUACAGCGGCGCCUUUGCCGCCAAACUCAGGCUUCAAAGCCUCUGCUUCUUUUUUGAUGGCUCGAGUAAUUGGGCCUUCACAAGCUACCCGUGCCAAACCGGUUGCCAUGAACGAAGAGGCACACACGGAGUUUGUACCUGUGUAUAUACACACAGCCAAGUGUGAUAUCUGUGAAAAACGAAACGAUUCGGUUCUCCAGCGCUGCGUGACAUGCACGUCUCAGUUUUGUUAUCGGUGCAUGCUGGGUGGAGAUGGAAUCCACGUCAAGAGCUAUAAUAUGGACUGGACAGACUAUGGUGCCCAGGCAAACUCCACCUUUAAGGCGCAGAAGAAAGCGCAAGAACACCUCGCCAACCACGUCGCCAACCACAAGCCUGGCAGUGCUCUUCAACAAAGAUACACUUCAGCCUCGGAGAUCCCAUCCUGCAGGACCAACCACAGAGAACUCAAGGAUGCCCACAAGGGAACAAUGGAGGCCUUUGUUGCGGAUGAGAUUCCGGCCAAGGCAGGACCCGCGCACAAGGGGCAAAAGACUACCGCCACAUAUCAACAACCAAACCAGGGGAGGCCAGCACCUGCGGCCAAGAAAAACACCAGAGCCGAAAAUGUCACAAGGAAUCGCACGGAGGCACAGUUCCCCUUAAUCAUCCCCGGUCACAAGGACGAUGGCCCGAAGUUCCAGAGAUUUAUUUCCAACCUUCAAGAGACGAAUGGCAACGACGAAACGGAGGGGGAAUGGACCUCUAGUGACAAUGAGGACCACGAUCCUAGGAGGAUCUCGGACUUUUUCUCUGGCCCCAUCGGGGUAAUUGGCAGGAAGCGUAACUCUCUGAGACCAGCCCAAAACCCCUGGACCAAAGAGAUCAAAGAGAACAAAAAGGACAUCAGAGCGGAGUUAUCUCUUAUUGACCGCCACUUGGACCUUCUCAAUGACAAGAAAAAGCUGGCUCUGGUGAGAAAGAUGCACAUUGACGAUGCCCUGGAUGCUGCCUGUAUCUUGAUGAGCAUGCGAACCGAUGCAAGGGGCUUCCCGGAUGAAAAGGAAACCUCGGCCCCUCCAAGCGAAUCGCUGGCAAAAAAACUCAAAAGUGGCGAAGCUCUGAACAAUGCCCAUAUCUUCACAGGCAUGCGGACCAGUGCGAGGGGCAUUCCUGUUGAUACAGAGUAUGCUUCCAAAGGCACUCAGGCAAACACGAGGCUCCCUUUCAGGGACGGCCUGGGAAGAGUAUUCGAAGGUGAUGAGGCCGUAGGCGCUUCUACCUCGACGGGCAUGCAAACUGACGCCGGGUUCUAUCUCGCUGAGAGGACAACUCAGCUCACCGAAACUCAGAGGUCUGCCCUGGAAAAAGAACGCAAGAUUGAUGCAGUCGUGGAAGCUGCUUAUUAUUCCUUCAUGCGUGAGGGGCGGUCCUCCAGAUAAGACACAAAGGAACCAGAAAAUGAGAGAACCUCCAGACAGUGAUUUUGCGGGGUGGAAUGUUAGGGAAUGCAUGCUGUCUGUAUGAGAUAAGUGGUGUCUGCAUGUAAUGACAAUGGAGUUCUUUAAAAAUCACUGCUUGCCCCUUUGCUUAGUGCCGAUGUUCCUGACUGUUGACAGAACAGACUUUCAAUCUCCAUGAUAAUCCAGUAUAUCCCUAACAUUGUCACAGCUAUUUGGACCUGAUAUAACUGUAUAGUAUACGGCUAAGAUUCCCCGUUGUCUUUGUCUUGCUCCUGAGCACAAGGGCCAGUAACCUGCUUCCAUGUUAUCAAUAGGAGGGCAGUUCGUCACAUUGAAGAACCCAGCUUGACGCUCCAGACUCAUAUCUAGACGAUUAAGCCGAAGAAACCCCAUAGUUUAUCCAGAUAUACUCCAUGCAUG